ACCAACCUGAAAACAGUGGCGGUGGCUAUAAUACAGAAACACCAGAACACCAACCUGAAGAUAGUGCUGGUGCUGAAAAUAAAGAUAGAAAAUUAGACCAAUCAGCAGACAAGAACAAUAUAAAUGUUAAAACAUUAUCGAAUAAUGGCGAUGCUCCUGGGUUAGAUGAAAGUAGGAAGUUAAAUUUAAAUAAUCUUCAUGGUGAGUUUGUUGAUCCGUCAGCUCCAGGAUUAUAUUCAGAUGAUGCAGAAGACAGUGAUGAUCAAAAUGAUGAGGAUAAUUUGAAUGAUGCAGAAGACAGUGAUGAUCAAAAUGAUGCGGAUAAAGGUAUUCCAGAUUCUGAUAUGAAUAAAGACAAACUUUAUUUUGGUAAUGCAGAAGUGACAUCAACCCACUACAGGAAUAACAUUGAUGGAAAUCCAGAAUUGGGGUCGGAAAGUAAAGAAAACAAGAUGAUAUUACGAUCAUUAGAACUGAAAUUACAAUCGAAAAUGAAAGAUGAUGGUGUAUUGGUUGAUGAAGCUUAUGGUAAUGCAGUUGAUCUACGGGCUAGAUUGCGCGAUCUGGUUCUUCAAAUUAAACACAAAGAGCUGGAAGAAAAUAUUUCAAUUCUUGCUACUGAUGAAGCUAAGGAGUUAAAGCAGCGCUUGUUUGAACUUGAGCAGUACCUUGAGGUUUGGAAAAAGAAAGAAGCUUUGUUUCUAACUAGUGUUGCAUCUGAGGCUGAAAUUGUUAAUCGAAUUCAAAAACUGGAACACAAUCUUGUACAGCGUAAAAGUGAAGAUAGGGAUUUGUCACAAGCUCGGCAAGAAGCAGAAGAUCUAAAAUGGAGACUGGGAAAAUUGGAGGAUGUUUUAGAAAACAAGUCUAUUUUACCCAGUUCUCAUUUUAACAGAUUGAAGGAUUCAUUGGAAUCGGAAAUCGAAGAACGGAAAAAAAUGGACAGACGUGCUUUGCUUGCAACAGAACGUGAAAUGCUGUUAAUGAAAACCAAAUUAACAGCUUUAGAACAGCAGUUACAUGGUCACGGUGAAGGCAACAAAGAGUUUAUUGAUAUGAUAAAAAGUGAUGCAGAUAUUCUGAAAAAACGACUUGGUCAGCUUGAGUCAAAUGUUGUUACGAGAAAAUCAAACAAGGAGUUAUUACAAAUUUCUGAGAAUAAGCAAGAAGCUUUGCUUGGAAGAAUAUCUUUGCUGGAAGUUGAACUUGAGAGAAGAAAGAAAGAUGAGGUCGCACUGCAAUCAGCUCAACAAGAGGCUGCUGAGUUAAAGGAGAAAUUUGGUCACCUUGAUGUAAGAAUGAAAGAAAUAAUGGAAAAGCAAAAUCCUUUGUUACAAGAAAAAAUUUUGCAUUUGGAGAAUGAAGUAAAAACGAGAAAAGAAACAGAAUCUGCUUCAAUUUUUAAAGUACAGGAAGAAGCAGCAAAUGUUAUGAACAAAAUUUUGGAUUUGGAAAAAUUACUGCAUGAAAACAAGCAAGAGAAUAAUAGCAAACAGCAUAUGAAUGAAGUUUCCGUUCUGAAAAACCAAAUUAAACGACUGGAAGAAGAACUAAACAAAAGAACUCGAUUAGAUACCAAUCGAAAUGAAAGAUCAACCAAGAGAGAAGAAGAAUUACAAAUGAGGGUUAAUUCGCUUAAAAAUGAGUUGCAAGCGAUGGUGAAACAUGAAGAAACAGCAGAAAAACAUUUUAAACAGUCUCAAGAAAUUAUUAACCGUGUUAUUGCCCUGGAGAAACAGGUAAAUGUCAAGUUAAAUGCUGAUUCAAAAUUGAACAAUAUAGAAGCAAAACAAGAGAAAAAUGCUUUGAGAAAAAUUAGUGAUGGAAUCUCAUUGAAUGAUUUUUGGGAUCUUAUCCCAACUAAACAAAAAUGUGAUGCUGUAUUAAAAGAUAGUGGCACUGUUAACCUUAAAGAAGAAUUGAUUAAACAAAAAGAUGAUGCUUUUGUAAAUGAAACCAUUGCUGAAACAAAUACUGUUGAGAAAUGCACUUUCGAGAUAGAAGAAAGGAUCAGAUGUGAUAUCGCACGGUCAUCUUUACACUGCAAAGCUUUGAAGUGUUGUUGGGAUCCACAUCCAAACCCAGAGAUACCUGAUUGCUUUUUUUCACGUGUUCAGCUUAGUAGAAAGUCUCAACAAAUGAAAAAACUUGAAGAUUCAUAUGAAAAGCUUCAUGAAGGUAAAGAAGUUGAUUGGGAUGAAUCAGUGAAGGAAAAAGAAGCGGAUAAAACUAAAAAAUCUACAUGGGAUGAAACUCUUGGAGUUGCUGAUAUAAAAACAGAAAUAAUAUUGAAGUCAAAAACUGAAGCAAUAGAAAACGCAAAUGGUGAAACAAAUGGCACAAUGUUAGGUGAUAAAGAUGGCAAACAGGAAACCAACGUAAUCGAAGAUAAAAAAACAGAAAAUGACAAAUCAGAUACGACAGUUGAUGAUGUGAAAGAUGAAUUUCAAUGGCAAUCUGCACAGGCUUCCAUCAAAUUUGUACAACGAGAAACUGUUGUGCAGCAGGAAGGGGAAACUGAAACCAAUGAUCCAUUAAUUGAUAAUGGUAAUAGAAAAAAAGAAAGUUUGAAACAAACUAAUGAAAUAGUGCCUAAAAAAGAACCACAUCAAGAAAAUUUUAAAAGCUCCCAAGAUGAGCAAACGAAUAAUGAUAGUACAGGAAAAGAUGGGAUGUCCGAUUACUCUGAAAUACUUAAAACGGAAAAAGUAAACAGAGAUGGUGAACCAUAUGUUGAAAGUGUUGCUGUCAAAAUCAUGUUACUCGUAUUUGAACUGCCGUUUGACGUUGUAUAUGUAUUGACUCCUUUAGCACUGUGGUGGUUGUCGCUACUGCCACCAGAAUAUCAAGAUGAUGUUUUUGGAAUCAGCUGGCCAACCAUUCUACUUACUACUGCGGUUGGAUUCCUAUUUUUAUGGAUCAUGCUAUGGCGUACCCGAGUGUCCAGACGAAACCGAAAACAACAGCAGCUAAAUUCAGCACUGGUUGAACUGAAGGCCCAACUGGAAACAAUGGCAAGCGAAAAUCUUGAAAAAGAAAAGGAGUUUAAGGAAACACAAACAGAGUUAGAAAAGAAUCGAAUAACGUUGAAAGAGGCAUUGGAAGAAAAGUCUAAAGAUAAAGAUCUCCUGACAAACUUAAAGCAAACUGUUAAGAAAAUGCAACAAGAAAUCAAUUCAAAAGUAUCCGAAAUUUCUGAAUUUAAUUCAAAUUUGGUGGCUUCGCAAAAAGAGAAAAACCAAUUAGAAAAAGUGGUAACACAAAAUCAGAAAUCAUUGGAACAAAAGCAAAAGGAAACUCAAGAUGCAGAGAAGAAAGCAGCUCAACUAAAAAGUGAAAUGAAAGAUUUAGUUAAGCAAAGAAAAAUGGUUGAAGAGAAUCUUAAAGAUUCUCAAGAUCGUUUAAAACGGGAAGAAAAGAAAAAGCAAGAAUUGGAACAAAACCUGCAAACAUCUAUGGACUCAGAGCAAAAUUUAUCAGAACAACUUAAAUUACUUGAAAGCAAAGUUAAAUCCACUAUGGAGGAAAAACAAACCAUGGAACAAGAAGUUGAUGUUUUAAAAGAUUGUCUUUUGCAAUUUAAGGGUGUACAGGAAGGGUUAACUGAAGAUGGUGAUGAUGAACUUGAUGAGGACAACUUAACUGAUAAACAGAAAGAGAAACUAAAAGACCUGAUUGAUGUUUCUCGAAUUCAACGACGUCUUAAACAAGCCGAGAUGGAAAAAGGGAGACUUACUUUUGAUCUUGAAGCAGAGAAGAAAGCAAGAGAAAAGAAAGAAGAAAUGGUAAGUGAAUGGGAAGCAAAAUGUGAGAAUGAGCGUUUGAUAAAAAGUAAGACAGAGAGGGAGUUACAAAUGCUGCAAGCCAAGCUUAAUGUCAUGCAAGAUUUCUAUGCCAAAAGAGAAGUCGAAAUGCAAGGAAAACUUGGUAAAGAGCAAAGUAAUCGUGAGUCAUCAGAAUCUAAGUUGGCUGAGAAGGAUGAACGAACGUUACUCCUUGAGCAGAAGUUGGAUGAUUACAAGCAGAUGAUUGAAGAUUCAAGGAAAGAGUAUGAGGAGGAGAAAAAACAAAGAAAAUCUGAAAUUAAUCAGUAUGAGAAGAAAGCUCAUGCAAACUGGUUGGCAAGUCGGGAAGCUGAGAGGAAAUUAGACGAAGCAACUCGGGAAAUCAGUCAACUACGGAUGGAGUUAUCUGAAAACCAACAAUGUUUGCGCGACCUUGAAGAACGGGAACCUCCGUUUUUAUUUCGACCAAGACCUCUACCCCCACCUAGUGGUCGACCUGCUGCUUUGCUUCGUAAUGGACCAAACCAAAGUUAUGAUAGGUCGUCACCUCAACCCGUACGAGGUAUGCGAAGAGAUACAAGUCCUACCGGAAGUCUUCAAGAGGAGUUUCGACCACACAGACCACCAAGCAAUCAUAGCAUGCAGGAUCGAAGACCCCCAUCCCGUGGAUCAAUGCACGAUUUACAUCGACCACCUUCGAUGUUUGAUGGAAGAAUGCCACCUCCACAUUUACAUGAACAAUUUGGUCCGCCACCGAUGAGAGAUGGUCCGCCACCGAUGAGAGAUGGUCCGCCCCCAAUGAGGGAUGGUCCGCCACCGAUGAGAGAUGGUCCGCCCCCGAUGAGGGAUGGUCCGCCCCCGAUGAGGAAUGGUCCGCCCCCGAUGAGAGAUGGUCCGCCCCCGAUGAGAGAUGGUCCGCCACCGAUGAGAGAUGGUCCGCCCCCGAUGAGGGAUGGUCCGCCACUAAUGAGAGAUGGUCCGCCCCCGAUGAGGGAUGGUCCGCCACCGAUGAGGGAUGGUCCGCCCCCAAUGAGAGAUGGUCCGCCACCGAUAAGGGAUGGUCCGCCCCCAAUGAGAGAUGGUCCGCCUCCGAUGAGGGAUGGUCCGCCCCCAAUGAGAGAUGGUCCGCCACCGAUGAGGGAUGGUCCGCCCCCGAUGAGAGAUGGUCCGCCCCCGAUGAGAGAUGGUCCGCCCCCGAUGAGAGAUGGUCCGCCCCCGAUGAGGGAUGGUCCGCCCCCGAUGAGGGAUGGUCCGCCCCCGAUGAGGGAUGGUCCUCCAAAAGGGAUGGGAUCUCAACUUCCAUUACAAAGACGAGCAGGUUCAAGGAAUGAAGGGCCAAUCAUGACCUCAUCACCUUAUGCCGAUCAUCACAUGGUUCCUGCACGAGGCCCCCCUUCUGCCACCUUUCUCCAUGCAAAUGUACCUCCUAGCAACAGUGCACCAUCUUUACCCCCACCUAGUGAUAGUAUAGCAACAAAUGCAAAUCCUUAUCGUCGGUAAACCUUUAAUAUUAUACUGCAUACCCGUGUUGUUUAAACUGGACAAAAUUUUGUACACUGACAGUUUGUAGCAGUAGAUACCAUAUGCCCAUGUAUUACCCACAUACAUAGAUAAGUCAUGGAACUGCGGAAAUAUUCCUGAAGCAACUGGUGUGCUACUUGAAUUGAAAAGUAUUUUGUGCAAUAAGAAUCUAGAUAUAGUUUGGUGUUUUGUGCAGUAGGUUUUACGUAUAUAUAGCCAAUAGUGCUGGGUUAAGUUGGUGUCAAUUGUAUUUAUCACCAGUCUUUGCGAACAUUAGUUGAAUAAACCAGUUUUUGAGUAACAG